CCAAUGUUUGGGAUUGAUUGUAUACACCUGUGUCCAUGGAGGGGAUUGGAGCACCUGAAUCACAUGAUCUGGAGGGGAUUGGAACACCUGAAUCAGAUGAUAUGGAGGGGAUUGGAACACCUGAAUCACAUAAUAUGGAGGGGAUUGGAACACCUGAAUCACAUGAUAUGGAGGGGAUUGGAACACCUGAAUCACAUGAUGAUUGGAACACCUGAAUCACAUAAUAUGAAGGGGAUUGGAACACCUGAAUCACAUGAUUGGGAGGGGAUUGGAACACCUGAAUCACUUGAUUGGAGGGGAUUGGAACACACAUGAUAUGGAAUCACAUGAUUUGGAGGGGAUUGGAACACAUGAAUCACAUGAUUUGGAGGGGAUUGGAACACCUGAAUCACAUGAUUGGAGGGAAUUGGGACACCUGAAUCACAUGAUUGGAGGGGAUUGGGACACCUGAAUCACAUGAUUGGAGGGGAUUGGGACACCUGAAUCACAUGAUUUGGAGGG